AUGGGCAGCAAAGACUCUCAGACAUGGCUUGAGAAGCUCGAAGAGCAACUCAACGUCGACGUCGACUGGAUGGACCCCGAAUACAUCAAGUCCAUGCCCAUCAAGCCGCACGACCAGACGAGCAACCAGCUCUGGGUCGACAUCCAGCUCGGCCACCCUUCCAACGCCGAGCUUCUAGCGCAAACGGCCAAGGAGUUGAAGGACAAAGGCUGGUUGGCAAUUUACACCAGAAUGGCCGUGUUGAUGUGCAAGAAGAACAUUGAUUUGAUCCAAGGUCGAGUUUUGCUGCAGACUCUUCCCUCCAAGGCAUAUGACAUGCAAGCGACGCUCGACCACGCUCGGCUGUAUGAUCAAGAAUUUGCCAGAGCCGGCAUCGGCCGAGACAGAUACUGCAUCAAGAUUCCAUCCACUGGACCAGCUUUGAACGCGGCCAAGGUCUUGAGCGCCGAGGGAAUCCCGACACUGGGAACGGCAUUGUUCGGCUUGCCUCAGGCUAUUGCUUGUAGUCAAGCAGGAAUGCUGUACAUCAGUCCCUACUUCAAUGAAACUCGAGCCCACGAUGAUCUAUCGCUCUGGCCCGACGUCGAGGACCCGGCCACCCAGCAUCCCAUGAGCGCCCGCAUCUUCCAAAUACUCGAAACGUACCGACGCCUAUACAGAGAGACUGGCAAAGAGCAGCCGCUGCUCAAGAAUGCAAGCUUCAUCUCGGCCAAAGAGGCGAUGGCAGCGGGCGAACUGGGAUGCCAUUCUGCCACAAUCUCCCACACUGUCCUGGACCAGCUUGCAAAGUUGAAGUAUGACGGUACGAAACAGCCCGGCGAAGGAACACCCAAGCCUGUCCACGUGUACAAGAACCCUCCGAAGGUUCCCGAAAGGUUGCGUAAGCUUGCGAACAUUGAUCCGCUUGCUGCCGCGGACUGGGAUGGCAAGCUGGCCAGCACCGACAUUGACUAUCUCGCCAACGGCGGAGAAGAGCUAGGCAAAGCGAUUGAAGCUGAUCCGAUCACCAAGGAGCGCCUGGCAAUCGCUCUAGAGCUCUUCACCGGUGGUGAGAACAAGAGCAAGGACAAGAUCGACGCAGCGGUUCGGGCCUUGUGA